AUGGACGAAGAAAAUCCUGUUGAGCUGCUACAACGUUAUCGCCGUGAUCGCCAUGUGUUGCUCAAUUACAUCCUUUCUGGUAACUUGAUCAAGAAAGUUGUAAUGCCGCCUGGUGCUAUCUCUCUGGAUGACGUGGAUAUUGAUCAAGUCAGUGUUGAUUAUGUCCUCAAUUGCGCUAAGAAAGGGGAUCCACUUGACCUUGGAGAUGCCAUCCGGCUUUAUCAUGACAGCCUUGAUUACCCAUAUGUCGAUAACACUGGAGAUGUCGAAGGGUUCUAUUUACUUACAAGACCUGAAUAUUCUGGAUCAGCACCAACAAGAGAACCACCCCCUGUCCCUGCCGCUGCACCAUUACCAGUUGUGGUACCACCACCAGUUGUUGAACAACCACAAAUUGCUGUGCCAUCAUCAGUUGCAAACUUACCAAAAUCAUUAUCAUUGGACUCUCCCACCGAGGAAUUAACCAUAGAUGACAUUGAAGACUUUGAGGAUGAUGAAGGUGAAUUCGAUAGUCGAAGGGCUUCUAGGAGGCAUCAAACUGAUGCCAACGAUAUAUCCUUGCGCUUACCAUUAUUUGAAACAGGUAUCACAGAUGAUGAUCUUCGUGAAACAGCAUAUGAAAUCCUUGUUGCUGCUGCUGGCGCUUCAGGGGGCCUUAUAGUUCCAAAGAAAGAAAAGAAGAAAGAGAAGAGACACAGAUUAAUGAGGAAACUUGGCCGUAGUAAGAGUGAAAGUGCUGAAUCGCAAACUCACCGGCAACCAGGUUUAGUUGGCCUGCUUGAAAUCUUGAGAGCCCAACUUGAGAUAACGGAGUCCAUGGAUAUUAGGACUAGACAGGGACUACUUAAUGCUAUGGUGGGUAAAGUCGGAAAACGGAUGGACAAUCUCUUGAUACCACUGGAACUACUGUGCUGUAUAUCUAGAGCUGAAUUUUCUGACAUGAAGGCAUAUCUUCGUUGGCAGAAAAGACAGCUGAACAUGCUGGAGGAGGGCCUAAUAAACCAUCCUGUUGUUGGAUUUGGAGAGUUAGGUCGAAAAGUCAAUGAGCUAAGAAAUCUUUUCAGAAAGAUUGAAGAAUCUGAGUCGCUAUCCCCAUCUGCUGCGGAGGUUCAACGUACAGAAUGCCUACGUUCACUGAGAGAAGUUGCUACAUCUUUCUCUGAAAGGCCUGCUCGUGGCGAUCUUACCGGUGAGGUUUGUCAUUGGGCUGAUGGUUACCAUCUGAAUGCCGCCUUGUAUGAAAAAAUGCUUGGCAGUGUUUUUGACACCUUAGAUGAGGGAAAACUCACAGAGGAGGUCGAAGAAAUCCUUGAGCUCCUAAAGUCCACUUGGCGUAUACUAGGAAUCACAGAGACAAUUCAUGAUACGUGCUAUGCAUGGGUAUUAUUCCGACAGUUUGUUUUUACAGGUGAGCAAGGACUCCUGAAAGUUGUGAUUGAGCAUUUGAGGAAGAUACCCUUGAAGGAACAGCGUGGUCCACAAGAACGCUUACACUUGAUAAGUCUACGUAGUUCUGUUGAUGCCGAUGAUAGCUGCCAGGACUUUACGUUUUUCCAGUCUUUCCUGUCUCCAGUUCAGAAAUGGGUGGACAAGAAAUUGAAUGAUUAUCAUCUGCACUUCUCAGAGGGUCCCAGUAUGAUGGUUGAUAUCGUAACAGUAGCAAUGCUUACUAGGCGAAUCCUUGGUGAAGAAAAUGACAAGGCAAUGGAGUCACCUGAUCGAGACCAGAUUGACCGUUACAUCACUUCUUCUGUCAAAAGUGCUUUCAUGAAGAUUGCACAUUUCGUAGAGAUUAAAGCAGACACAUCACAUGAGCAUGUUUUAGCAUCUCUAGCUGAGGAGACGAAGAAGCUUUUGAAGAUAGAGACAAACAUUUUUUCCCCAGUUUUGUCAAGAUGGCAUCCACAGGCAGCAGUUCUUUCCGCUUCCCUUCUCCAUAAACUGUAUGGAAACAAAUUGGGACCUUUUCUUGAGCAUUCUGAGCAUCUUACGGAGGACGUAGUUUCUGUAUUUCCGGCAGCUGAUUCUUUGGAGCAGUACAUAAUGUCAGUGAUGGCUUCUGUUGUGGGUGACGAUGGUUUGGACAGUCUAUGUAGACAAAAGCUAGUUCCUUAUGAGAUUGAAAGUAAAUCGGGCACGGUUGUUUUACGCUGGGUGAAUGGGCAACUGGAGAGAGUUGAAACUUGGGUUAAAAGGGCUGCUGAACAAGAGACUUGGGAUCCUAUAUCCCCUCAACAACGCCAUGGGGGUUCUAUUGUUGAAGUCUAUAGAAUCAUAGAAGAGACUGCAGAUCAGUUUUUUGCAUUCAAGGUUCCUAUGCGAAUUGGGGAAUUAAAUAGCUUCUGUCGUGGCAUUGACAAGGCAUUUCAAAUUUAUACACAACUUGUUACUCAACCCAUAGUUGACAAAGAAGAUUUAGUUCCACCUGUUCCUGUCCUUACUCGAUAUAAAAAGGAGCUUGGAAUCAAAGCUUUCGUAAAAAAGGAAAUCCAAGAAGUCAGACCUGUUGAUGAGAGAAAAUCGAGUGAAAUAGUUCAACUUACAAUGUCAAAGCUAUGUGUGCGGCUUAACAGUCUAUAUUAUGCUAUAAGCCAGCUAGGCAAGUUGGAGGACAGCAUAAGUGAGCGGUGGGCUAAAAGGCAAAGUGACAAAAUUAACAUCAGACGAUCAAUGAACGGCAAGUCAAAGGGUGUAGUCUCCAAUCAGAAGAAUCAAUUUGAUGGCAGUAGAAAAGAAAUCAAUGCUGCUAUUGAUCGGGUAUGUGAAUUUACAGGGUUAAAGGUCAUAUUUUGGGACCUCCAACAGCCAUUCAUCGACAAUAUGUACAAAAACAAUGUUUUACAAGCUCGAUUGGACACUAUUGUCGAAGUGCUUGAUUUGGUGCUUGCUCAACUCUGUGACGUCAUUGUGGAGCAACUGCGAGAUCGUGUGGUUACAGGGCUUCUGCAAGCAUCCCUGGAUGGCUUAGUUCGGGUAAUACUAGAUGGAGGUCCUACACGCGUCUUCUCUCCGAAUGAUGCCCCUCUUUUGGAGGAAGAUCUUGAAAUUCUGAAGGAAUUCUUCAUAUCCGGCGGAGAUGGGCUGCCUCGUGGAACUGUUGAGAAUUUGGUCUCGCGUGUUCGUCCUGUAAUAAAUCUGAUCAAGCAAGAGACCCGUGUGCUUAUUGAUGAUCUGCGCGAAGUUACUCAAGGGGGCAAAAGCAAAUUCGGAAGCGACUCCAAAACCCUGCUGAGGGUCCUGUGCCACAGAAAUGAUUCAGAGGCAUCACACUAUGUGAAGAAGCAUUUCAAGAUACCCAGUUCAGCUCCCCCGAGCACCUGA